GUGGACUCACUCAACUUCAGAGCCAUGAAGGUCCUUGUUGUGCUCGUCCUCGCUGUUUUCACCGGUGAGUAUGAAAGAAAACUUUCUCUGUUCUUGUAAGAUGCUUGAUCUCUAUUAGAAGUAAAAAAGUAAUCGCAUAUUUAUCUAAAUGUUUAAAUUUUCUUGUCUUUACCAAACAGGCUGUAAUGCCAACUUCCUCUACGCUGAUGAUCCCAAGUCGCAGCUGGAUGUGCUGACUGAUGCAAUCUCAGACAAUAUUGAUGUAGUUGUACAGAAAGCUACUGAUACCAUUGAGCAGUUCAAGAAGACUGAACUUGGACAGGACCUGAGGUAAGUCCUACAAAAUCAUCUGAUGCAUGAGUGCAGUUUUGUAAAAGUUUACUUACAAAUGGUUCUCCUGGCAAAAAUAGGAUAUACGAAUGAUCUAUUUCUCCCCUACUUAUUCUCAUGUUCAGCACUCGUGUCAAAGAUGGAUCCGAAUUGGUGUCCAUGUAUGCUGGGAUAGCCUGGGAGCAGGUUCCUGAUGGGAUCAAGAAUGCAGCGGAAGGAGCUGGCAUGAUGGUCUAUGGCAUUUCAAUGCGUGUUGAACAGGGAAUAGACGUUCUUGAGAAAAAGCUUGAACCCUUGGUCGACAGAGUGAGUCCUGUGGCAGAGAAGGUAGCAGAGAAGGUGGCGGGUGAGGUGAACUACAGAGCCCAGCAAGUGAGCGAGGCAGCCUCCCCCUAUGUUGCAAAGAUUCAGGAAAAACUGACCCCCUUAGCCCAGGGCAUCCAAGCCCGUCUUGACAGUCUUUAUCAAUCUGUAGUCAAAGCCAACUAAACCUGAAGCAAGAACAACAAACAAACUGCAUCAAACUAACAAGGACUUCAUGAUCUCAAGACCCAGAUAUGUUUUUAGGAGUAUAAAAAUUUCUGCAUUAUUGGUUUAAAGUUACACACGUCCAUAACUAUAUGUCAAAAAACUUCACAAGAAAACAAAAUGAGUUUUAGUCUGUAGCCAGUGCCUUCCUGUCUUUGUUUAUGAGAAUAAAGAAA